UUAGAGAGUCCACCCAACAGAAACGAUCUCUCAUACUGGACAAAUUGAUUUCACUUCGUUCUUGUUGUUGUGUUUUCAUCUCCACGAAAACAUAGAAGCACAAACAGAAUAACGUACCUUGUAUAAUAAAUAUUGAAACCGCUUUAUUCGGAAGAACGUGUAUACUCAAUCAGUUGCACUUCCUGAAAGUAGUAUUUUUCACUGCGCCGUUGUACGACACAACGGAUUGACGAUGAUGGAAGAAAUACGUAACGUGGAGGAUGGAACAGUUGAAACGUACGAAGUUAUCGAGACUGAAGCAGAAGACGUGGCUGGCGUUGAGGAGGGCGAAGUGGAGGCCAUUGAUGGUGAAGAAACAGCGUCAAGUGGCGCUGGGCUGCACGCUAUACAUCAUCAACAGCAUCCGCAAGUGAUCGAUAUGCAACAGCCACAACAACAGCAACAAAAACGCGUUCGACGACACCAAUGCCAGCAAUGUCCAAGCAAUUUCCCGCGUCAGACAGAAUUGAAUACCCAUAAGUGGCUGGUUCAUGGGAUAUUCUGCUCUCUACUAGUUGAAGAAUGCCCUGAAGCUGAGUGCGGCUUUACUUGCGAGUCAAAAGGUCUUCUACUGGAGCAUCUCUAUUUUGCACACAAUGUUGAUGUGAAGCUGGUGUCCGCUCAGCUGGACACUGAGGCUGACUUUGACCUGUGGCUUCAGCAGUUUCAGUACGAGCACGCAUCCGAGUUUGUAUUGUGCACAACACAAAGUAAUGCUAAAUAUAGAACUCGCUUGUAUACUUGCGUUUUCGAGGCUCAGCCUAAGCGGUGCGACCCACAUAAAAGUUUGCGGGUUAAAAGGCAAUGUGCAGCCCAUUUGCUUGUCAAGGUUCCACGCGUUGAAGGUAGAGGUAAAGUGGAGGUGCUUGGGUCCUCUCAUCACAAUCACGUCACAUCGCCGCUUUCUGCACCAGCCAGAGACAUCCUAGACACUGAAGAUGAAUCUGUCGUUAUGCUUCCUCAAUCCGCCUCGCUUAUCGAAAUGUUCCAGACGGCCCAGCAAGUGAUCCAAUUGUCGGAUGAGCUCCGAAAUGAGCUCGCAAAUGGUAGCAACACCCAGUCUUCUGAUCAAACGGCCCAGGUGGAAAUGAAAUUGCUUCAACUCAGACAGGUGUUAGCCGCAUACGACCAGCCGGUCUGUAGUGAACUUCCAACGGGCGUAAGUGGAAUGGCCGUUGUAUCGGCCGAUAGCGUUGUUCUCGAGGAGGCGAACAGCGUCGUUGUGGGUCAGCAGGUUGGGGAAGAAGGACCAACCGUUAUGAUGGAAACACUCGCGGGAUCGGGACAUCAACAGCAACAGCAAACCGCAACCCUCCAUCGUCGUCAGAGCCAAGUGCAUCAACAGCAGACUCAACAAAUUCAUCAGCAACUUGAAAUGAUCGAUGCCUCGCAGGUGGUGUCUGACGAGACAGGCCAGACUCAGCAACAUAUUGUUCACCGAACAACGAGAAAUCAGCCGCAACAACAACACAUACAACAUCAGGAACAGCAUAUUAUAAUAGGGUAGUCCGUUUUUGUUAUCUUUAUUAUCCAACGUACGUUUAAACGGUUGUCAAAAAGUAUAAAACAAAGCGUAGACCUUUCAAAGAAUACAAAUACGAUUCCCGGACACAAAACGCUUGGCUGUAAUGUGUGCUAGUUAACUAUAUGUUCAUCAAUUGUGUAAAAAGUGUACAUAGAAUAAAAAGAAUGUAGGUUUUUUAUAACCGAUGUUUACCACAAAAAAGUAAUUAUGCUUAUGAAUAAAGUAAGGUUUGUUUAGUUGACGAUUGUUUUUCGGCAGCUGUAAAGCUACAUAGCUAAUCGGUAAUUCUGAAUAAUGUCGAAUGUCAGCUUAAUUCACCUGGUUAUGAUGAAAUAAUAUUGAUAAUUGUAAUAAUAAUAGUAAUAAAACAACAUGAUAGUAGUAGUUCUAUUUUUAUGCUUUAUUGAAAUGCGGAAUGAUUAUUAGAUUACUAUUAAUUUUGAAAUUGUGUAGUUUAGUUCUUUUUAUCACAUAAAGACAGCCUCAAAGAUCUCCACUAUAAUGUGUAGGAAUAGGAAAAUAUCUAUUCUGAGAAUUCUAAGAAUGAGCACUGUGUAUAAAGAAUAAUAACCACUGGGAACGUGAAAAAGUCAACAAAUGGUCCAAUGGAGAGCACUAAUUAAUUCUCGUUUUAACAAACAGAAACCAACUAUAUAUUGCCCUACAACUAAAUAUCAAAUAACAUAUCUUAAGCAAAAUCAACGACUUGCCUUGGGGAAAAAGGUACCAAAUAGAAGAAAAAACGAAGAUAUUAAAAAAUCUAACACGAUGAUUAUGCCCGGCUAGCAGGUGAGUUCGAGGAAGAUGAAAGCCUUAUGCUAAUAAACCUAAUUUUUUAACGGAAAUCCAAAUAUAUAAGCAUGGUUCGUUUAACACUUAUUACCAUCCAAAGGCUGAAAGAGCGCUUGGAUGAGCAUGUAAAAAUAAAAAAGCGCACCUAUAACGUAUAUCAUCAAUCUAACCCAGCUAGUUUAAAACUUACUCAGUUAUAAGAUCCACCGGAUUCGUUUGUAACAACUUAAUAUUUAGGUAAACGUAACUUUCCAAAAAUCUAUCCGCACUCGAUAGCCAAGAUUUCAUUCAGGCACUGUUGUACUGUUUUCGAAAUCCAUACUUGAUCUAGCUAAAUUUUGCUGAGGAAUUUAUUAACAAUUCCUAUGAUUGGUGUAAUUUUUUCUGCACAUUUUUCAUUCCAAUGAAUCUGAGUAUGUAAUUGCUUUAUUUAAUUACCCGUUCUCAAUAUGGUUAUCGGUAUUAAGAUUUAAGUGAUUGGGUUUUUGGUUCGAGCCCCGUUAUUCACACUUAAACGGUAGUGCGGAACUGCGCAAAAGGCGGCCUACUCAGAAGCAUCAUAAGGCCAUCAGUGUUGAAUGAACAUACGUCCGGAUAAAGGUUACGCUGCCAUUUAACCCAUUAAACAGAGCCGGUUACUUUCAAGCAUAUUUUCAUUUAUCAAUCAGAAGCUCUUCUUUUGGCAAUAAUUAUCGAGUUUAUACCUUGAAAAGAUUACAAUAUCAGAUCAUAGCGGAACCUAUCCAUAUAGACAGCUUCAAAAGAUUCAAGGACAACAUGUUUAUGAAGUUCAUGGCGCGAAUAGUUUGAAGAAUUAAAUCAAAGCUAUCUAUAAAAUCGAAAAAAACGAGAAAGUACUUGAAAAAAGAAAGUAUGUCCAUUCUUGGAGUUAGCCAUUGUCGGCAAGCAUAAGAAAGCGUAUAAAAUGAGAGCUCUAACUCAUUACCAGUUUUGUAGACAUGGACACUAUCGAGCUAAUAAAUGCACUUAGUAGCCACAACUUUUCCUUCAUUAUCUAGUUGUAAAAUAUAAUCCAUCGUGGGCAACCGGAGUCAAUAAAAUGGCUUUUGUUUCUAAAUCUGUAGCAAUAAUGGAAUAGAUUUUUCAUGAAUAUUUAAAAAGUGCCUUUUAGGGCGUAAAAAAAGCCUGUAGAAAUCUAAAAAUUUCUUGCUCCCUUAACACAUGUUACGUGUAUACGAACAUACGGUGAAAUUUACAUACGAAGCACAGGAGUUGUGCAACGCAUGUUGUUAUUAUGGAAAAACUGCGUAUUAAUAUCUGGAAUUUUUCUUCACGAAUUUUUCGGAUAUCGAAUACUAUUUUGCAAAUAUAUAAUAAAUAGAUAUCAGUAUACAUUUUCGAUGAUUAUGAUGCUCUAAAUAAAUCGGGUUAAAUUCUUCGUCUUUGGUUUAGUAUAGGAAAGCUGUCUAUUUAGAUGACCAGCUAUCUAUUCCACUCCACAAGUAAACAAUGACCACGAAUACGCUUACACAUUAGUAGGUGAAAACUAUAUUAAACUAUGCAUUACCUCUACAAAAUAUUAUAGAAUUGGUCCGGUAGCACACGAUUGAGAUGCCUCAGAAAUGAUAAACAAA